AUGCGGCCAAUCCUGUCUUCGUGGCCCGAGAGCAAGUCUACCUGUCACCGCUUUUGCGGUACCAUUCUAUCAGACUGGCACCCUGCACCCAUGGAGGAAGGUUGGGUAACAUUCGGCUUCUGCGCCUGCCCUGAUGAGUUCUCGGAAUCAGAACUCGGUGUCAUCUAUCGCACACUUCUCGAACGAUGUACCUUCAACGAAUUCUGGCACGCCUACGACGAGUCUUCCCUGAUAGCUCUCUUCGACCGACACGGCUUGAAAGAAGAUCGUCUCCGCAUUCCCAAUCUCGAAGUCGUCUUAAAUGGCUCUCCACGGGCCUCGGUGUGGUACCUUAAGCAGUUCGUUGUCGAUGAGACAGUGUGUGUUGCCCCGCGACUGUCCGUCUGUGCGGAUUACGGCUUCGACAAGUGCAAUUCCCCAUCGCUCGUCGAGGAUCUUAAAGGCAUAUACAAGCAACUACUCCUGGAGGCGCACGUGGAUCCGGUAAAGUUGCACGAAGUUUGUAUCGCUGGAAACCUCUUCAGGUUCGCGAGUGGGUUCAUGAAGUUCAAGAAGAAAUCCGCGCGGCUCAUGAAGAAUCCGUAUCCCCUCACAAACUUCGAGCCGGAAGUUAUGCGCGGAUGGGACGGAAAUUUGCGCGUUGUCAUCGGCAUUCAAGUCGACUAG